AUGUCUACGAACUCGGAGUUCAUCAAUCUGUCAUUUUUAUUAGAUCAUGAGAAGGAAAUGAUCCUGGGAGUCUUAAAGAGAGAUGAAUAUUUGAAAAAAGUAGAAGACAAGAGAAUAAGGAAGCUGAAAAAUGAGCUCUUAGAAGCAAAACGUAGAAGUGGAAAGACUCAGCAGGAAACCAGCAGAGUCUGUGUUCACUGUCAAAGAAACCUGGGCCUAAUCUUUGACCGGGGAGACCCAUGUCAGUCCUGCUCCCUUAGGGUGUGCAGUGACUGUCGGGUAGUGGGACUGGAUGGCAGCUGGAAGUGCACUGUCUGUGCCAAAGUCGCGCAGCUAAGAAUUAUAACUGGAGAAUGGUUUUUUGAAGAAAAGGCAAAGCGUUUCAAGCAAGUCAAUGUUCUGGGCACUGAUGUUGUCCGACAGUCCAUCUUAAGAAGAAGCCCAGGAGCAGAGGAAAUACAAAGCCAAGAGCAAUCCCGACAGAAUGCAGAAAAGUCUGACACUUCAUCUAUUGGACAGAAGGCCAGCCAUGAUGGGCCAAAGAGAAAGGGAUUUCUUCUUAGCAAGUUCCGAUCAGCAACUAGAGGAGAAAUCACAACUCCAAAAACUGAAAGUGGUCGGAGUUACAGCUUGGAUUUAGACAGUCAAACUUUUCGGGGAUCAAAGUCAGCCCCCGGUUCAGACAGGGGAAGCACUGCUUCAUCAGAUCUCAUUGAUCAGGAGACUGGACCUGGGAUCCCAAAAAGCUUCCGGAGCAAUGGUAUAGUCUUGGUCACUCAGAGAUCACCAGCCCCAAGUACACGCAGCACUUCUUCAGUCAGCAGUAGAGAACAUGGUUUUGAAAAUUCCGUGGGUUUGGCUGCGCUUGAAAGCACCUCUGAAAACCUCACAAAGAGCCACCGCAGAAAUACUUCGGGCACACCUUCCAUAGCAGUGUCUGGGGCCUCGGUUUGCUCAGACCAGAGUCGAUCUGAGUUAGAUUUGAGUGGGUCUUUUACAGAAGACUUAGAAGAUACAGAAAGUGUAAGAAGCAGAUCUGUCCCUGGAACUUUAGACAAUGAUUUGAACUCCUUCGAAGAGAUUGAAGAAGGUGUUGAUGACAGAGCAUCGUCCCAGUUUUCUGCAAACACCCACAGUCUGGCAAGUGGCCUAUCAACUAAUUCUCAAGCAGUCUCUGACAGGAAGUGGACCUACCUAAAUGUGCCUGAUGCUGAUUCAGACACUACCAGCCUUAACAGCAUGAUGAGUGUUUACAGUGAAACAGGAGACUAUGGUAAUGUGAAGGUCAGUGGUGAAAUCCUUCUCCACAUCAGCUACUGCUACAAAACUGGCGGGCUCUACAUUUUUGUCAAGAAUUGCAGAAAUCUGGCCAUAGGAGAUGAAAAGAAACAGAGGACAGAUGCUUAUGUCAAGUCAUACCUUCUUCCAGACAAGUCUCGAAACAAUAAGCGCAAGACCAAAAUCAGAUCAGGCACCAAUCCAGAAUUCAAUGAAACACUGAAGUAUACCAUCAGCCACACCCAGCUGGAAACAAGAACUCUGCAGCUCUCAGUCUGGCACUAUGAUCGUUUUGGACGUAAUUGCUUCCUCGGAGAGGUGGAGAUUCCUUUUGAUUCAUGGAACUUCGAAAAUCCAAGCGAUGAAUGGUUUGUGCUUCAACCCAAGGGAGAGUUUGCUCCUGAUGUUGGCCUUCAGUACAAAGGAGAACUGACAGUUGUUUUACGGUACAUUCCUCCAGAGGAGAACAUGAUGUUUCCACUAAGACAACUUCAAGGAAAGAAAUCCUUUAAAAAGGGGAAGAAGAAAGAGUCACCUGUAAUCUCUGGAGGAAUACUUGAAGUGUUCGUCAAAGAAGCAAAGAACUUAACAGCAGUGAAAUCAGGAGGCACUUCUGACAGCUUUGUGAAGGGUUACCUGCUCCCUGAUGAUAACAAAGCCACCAAGCAUAAAACUAUGGUCAUAAAAAAGAGUGUUAACCCUCAAUGGAACUAUACAUUCAUGUUCAGUGGCCUGUAUCCUCAGGAUAUAAAGAAUGUUUGCCUAGAACUUACUGUCUGGGACAAGGAAGCCUUUUCUAGCAACAUCUUUCUUGGAGGAGUUCGUCUGAAUUCUGGAAGUGGUGUGAGCCAUGGGAAGAAUGUGGACUGGAUGGACUCUCAAGGGGAAGAGCAACGCCUUUGGCAGAAGAUGGCUGCCAACCCUGGGAUGCCCGUAGAGGGGGUACUCAUGCUCCGUUCCAGCAUGGGGAAGUGCAGGCCCUGA